AUUCUCUGCCUCCCCGCCUUGCACACACGCUAGGCGCUUUUCUAAUUUAUUCCGCCCUCACUUUUCCGCCCCCCGCCCCAGAUCCCUCUUCACGACGAGCGCUAACCAUGGCGUUCCCCGCCGCCCCGUACUACCACACCCUCAAGAAUAACGACAAAGUCAAGGUCAACGAUCACGUCUACUGCUCGCCAAGUUGGUCCAUCCGCGAUGGCACGCCAUAUUCCAUCGCUCGUAUUAUGGAGUUCCUGCCAGCGCAGGGCGUGCCAAUAUUCGACAAGGACGGGAAUCGCAACGAGCCGUACACGCGAGUCCGCCUUGCGUGGUAUUAUCGCCCCAGCGACGUGAGCGAUCGUCCGUCCGCGGACUGUCGCCUCCUGCUGGCCGCAAUAUAUUCCGAGGUCUGCGAUCUCAGCCAGGUCCGUGGGAAGUGCUACGUAGUACACCGCGACCGGAUAUCCGACCUCGCAGGGUGGAAAAAACGCCCCGACCGCUUUUAUUUCACUCGACUGUUCGACCCGUGGAUCCGCAAGGAAUUCGAGGUCAUCUCCUCAGCCACUGUUCGUAACCUUCCGCAACAUAUCAAGGACGUGCUCCUCGAGCGCUACGAAUAUGUCGUCGCAGAGAAGGAGGUGGUACCAGACCUCACCGACACCCCCCGUACCUGCGAUACCUGCACUCACUGGUGCCCUCCUCUGGAGACGGUGCAGUGCGACAGAUGCAAGAAAUUCUUUCACAUGAGCUGCGUGAACCCGCCGCUCCUCGCCAAGCCGAGUCGGGGAUAUGGGUGGACCUGCGCGCCCUGCUCCCGGCGGCACGAGGAGGAGGUGGACAACCACGAGGGUCUGCGCCAGCUCGUGCCCGCCCCACCGAAAGUGGUAAAGACGAAUGCGCCCGCAGCGAGGGGCCGCGGGCGGCCGCGGAAGGACCGGCAGCUGGCGGAGAAAGAGGAGAACCUGGAGGUGAAGCACUUCAAGAUGUGGCCGUUCCGGUACUUUGGACUGUACACCGUCGCGGAAGACACGCUUGACCCGGACGACCUCAUUUUCCCACGUGCCGCGACUCGCGUGGGCCCCAAGUUCCAGGUCGUCGUGCCCUCAGCGCCAGGCCCCGAGUCUUCCGCAAGCGCGGCAGGUAGGCAAUUCCCGCGUAGGAAGUGUGUUGUAGCUGAUGUCUCCGCAGGUCUGGAAGAGAGGGGAGGCGAUGCAACCAUCGAAGUUCUGAGUCUCGUCAACGAGAUGUCCGAAGAAGAAGUUCGCGCAUUGGAGACGCACAAGAGUUCUCUCAGCACAAACUCUACGCUCAAAUGCCACAUCGACUGGCUCACGGAGGUGACGCGCCGCCUCACAGAGGCAUGGAUGGCCCACCGCGAGUUCGCGACCGUGAACAUGAAGAGCGUCAUGCGGCACGAGAAGUUUAAGAAAUCCGAGACCCGUUGCAUCGACCGUGAGUGGACCAACCAGGAGAUCGCUGCCUUCGAAGACGCCAUCGCUGUCCACGGAGCCGAGCUGCGUCCAGUACGUGAAGAGGUCGGUACAAGGUCCAUCUACGAAGUCAUCCGUUUCUACGGACACUGGAAGAGCAUGAAGCUCGGCGAGGAGAACGCGCGCAUCAAGGCUGCCCGGCUCAGCGGACGGACGGACCUGCUCCUGCCGGUCUCGCGCGCACCGUCGCCCGACGAGGAGGGCUCGAUCGUCAAGGCACUUCCAAGGGGGCACAACAGCUGCGGCUGCUGCCGCACGCGCGAGUCGGCUGUGUGGUGGAAGGCGCCGAAGGGCCUCCCGACGAACAUUCUGUGCGAUAACUGCGGCGUGAGCUGGAGGAAGUACGCGGACCUGAACGUCAGGCCGCUCCGUGAGGAGCUGAUCGACAAGACCAAGGUGGCGAAGCGCGAGGGCACGCCGCUCAGUGCCCCGUCGGCGAAGAGAGCGAAGACUGCUUCUUCUGUACAGUCUACGCCUCCCCCGGCAGGACCUGCGCCUGCUGCGACUCAAAUUCGUUGUCUUGCAUGUCAGAAGACCGGUCCGAUGGGCAAGGUACUGAAGUGCCGACAAUGCAACUUCCGUGUGCAUGCCGGCGUCAGCGGCGUUGUAGUCGAUCAGACCACCGUGGAAUCCUGGGUGUGUGACCUAUGUGCAAACGAGAAGACAUUAGAGGCAUCAUUAAACCCCGAUUGUCUGUUAUGUCCUCGACCCAAACGAGAUAUUAGGAAGAGUACAGUAUACCCGCCCCCUGAUACCUACCUGCGCGCCUGCAAGCCGACCGAGGGCCAGGCCUGGGUGCACGUCAUCUGCUCUGUAUUUGUACCGGAGGUCAGCUACUCCGAUGCGACGCGGUUACGGCUCGUGGAGGGUGUAAGCACGGUCCCGCAGUGGAGGUGGGCGAACAACUGUACGAUUUGCAACCAGAACGGAGGGGCGGUCAUACGCUGCAGUGAGUGUCCGGCGGAGUAUCACGUGUCUUGUGCGUGGAAGCAGGGGCACAAGUUCGGCUUUGAGAUGCAGGGGGUGAAGCCAAGCCGUAGGGACACCACGACGAUAGUAGACUGGAAUGACGUUGAGGGUUGCAUGGUGCCCGUGAUCAUCUGCAAAGGGCACGUUGGACACAAGCGGGAGCUGAUCGACGUCUGCGCGACGAACGAUCUGGGAGAGACCGCUCUCCAGGUGUUUUGUAAAAAUUACAAGCAAGUGCCAAUAGCCCAGACGCACGGCCUGCUCCGGAAAGCACGGCGGCUGGACUCCAUCCUCAGCAACGGCGCUGAGGGUGUUCCCCCCGACAGCGAGUUGCACCCAUCCUCCGAGCCGCGCUGUUAUCGCUGUCACAGCGAGUUCUCGCCCUUCUUCCACCCUGGAUCUGCGACGACGAACGGUGCGAGUUCGCAUACGGAUUCCCGGACGUCGUGGCUAUGCCACCGCUGCUUUGUUGAGACGCGCGAGACGCACAACCACCUCGCUGCAAAUGGGAUAGUGUCCUGAUGUAACGAAAACCUGUGAUGCCUACACGAUUACAUGUACUAUUGUUAUAGAGGGGAUUAUCCAAUGCAAUGGGAUACGAAGAUACACUGACAGCGAAAAGAUAUGAGCGCGAAAGAUGCCGGGUUAGUAAAUAAUAGCUUAGGGUUUGAUCCUCUUGUAAAACAACAUGUACGCCGGCUUGCCCUGGGUGA